AUGAACAGCACACCGAACCCUAUAGAAUAUGCUCUCUACCGUCUCCUUCCAGAAAGAGAAAUUAAGUCUACGAGAUCUGUCCUCUGUUCCAUUGCACCUUUUCCAUCCUGUGUCAAGCAGAAAAUGACCAUUGAAGAAUCAGAGCCAAGCCAUACAUCAGAUCACGUAUUGGAUUGGCUAGAGGAUUCAGUAUCGUUCGUGCCAUCUUACUUUGAUGAUCCGUACAACACAGCCGAUACCAAUCCCUAUCAAUGGUGGGAUCAAGCAGAAGAGUUUUACCAGGAUCUAGUCAACACCAACGCUAGUCUCAGCAGCAGCAUAACCACAAGCACCACCACAAAUAUCAAUACAACUAGCCUAGUACCACCAAUUGCUCCCACCUUAUCUAAUCACCCACAAUCGACCACUUCAAACAAGAAACGGAAAGAUCCUGAAGACCCGGUUACCAAAACGUCCCAGAAUCAUCAUCAGAGAAAGAAUCCAAAUAAUUGGAUAAACAAGAAACAGCAAGAUGGUGAAGCAGUGGUAGUAGUGAAAAAAUCAAAUGGAAAUAAGAAAACCACCAACAAGGGUACAGGUAUUAACGGCAAUAACGGUAACAACAAGGAAGGGAGAUGGGCAGAACAGUUACUCAAUCCUUGUGCAGCCGCUAUCCCUAUUGGAAACAUGUCACGGGUGCAGCACCUUCUGUAUGUACUCCAUGAGCUAGCCUCAUUAACUGGCGAUGCUAACCACAGGCUAGCAGCUUAUGGUCUUCGAGCACUGACUCACCACCUAUCAUCCUCCUCAACCUUGUCCUCAGCAUCUACAGGAACCAUUACUUUUGCUUCUACUGAGCCAAAGUUCUUUCAAAAAUCUUUACUCAAAUUCUACGAGGUGAGUCCUUGGUUUGCCUUCCCUCACAACAUUGCUAAUGCAUCUAUCCUUCAAGUUCUUGCACAGGAACAAGAUCCUAGGCGAAACCUUCAUGUUCUUGAUAUUGGGGUAUCCCAUGGUGUACAGUGGCCUACACUUCUUGAGGCCUUGACUCGCCGUCCUGGAGGACCUCCUCCUCUAGUACGCAUCACAGUCAUCACGGCCGCUUCUGAAAAUGAUCAAACCACUGAGACCCCGUUUUCAAUAGGUCCACCUGGAGACAAUUUUUCCUCCAGACUACUAGGUUUUGCCAAGUCUAUGAACAUCAAUUUGCAAAUCAAAAGGCUUGAUAACCACUCAUUACAAAAACUUAGUGGACGAAUAAUAGACACCAAACCCGACGAAGCAUUAAUAGUUUGUGCGCAAUUCAGACUCCAUCAUUUAAACCACAACACACCAGAUGAAAGAACUGAGUUCUUGAGAGUUCUGAGAAGGUUGGAGCCAAAAGGCGUGAUACUCACCGAAAACAAUAUGGAUUGUAGCUGCAACAGUUGUGGGGAUUUUGCAACAGGAUUUUCAAGGAGAGUAGAGUAUUUAUGGAGAUUUUUGGACUCGACAAGCUCAGCUUUCAAAGGCCGAGAGAGUGUCGAAAGACGGAUGAUGGAAGGCGAGGCAGCGAAGGCCUUGACAAAUCGUGGAGAGAUGAAUGAAGGAAAAGAAAAAUGGUGUGAGAGGAUGAGAGGGGUGGGAUUUGUUGGCGAGUUGUUUGGAGAAGACGCCAUUGAUGGAGCUCGAGCACUGUUGAGGAAGUAUGAUAGUAACUGGGAGAUGAGAGGGGAAGGGAAAGAUGGCUGUGUGGGGUUAUGGUGGAAAGGGCAGCCUGUUUCUUUUUGUUCACUAUGGAAGUUAGAUAUGAAAGGAAGUGAGUCGAAACUUUAGCAGCAUCUUGUUCUCUUCAUGUAAAGGUGUUAUGUUUUUUUGGUAGACUAUGGAAGUGCUUCUGUUACAAAUCGUCUUUGAUAUUGUUA